UUUCAGAAAAAAAAAAGAACCCUAAUCGCUCCAGAAUCAUAUAAAUUGUAACAUCGUCACUCUCGUUCUCCUUCUUUCAGAGAGAGGCAGCUGGAUACUCAAUUUGUAGAGAUCUCCGAUUCUCCUUCACACCGCCGUCCCAGAUUCGUUUUGGACAUUCAGGAUAACCGGAAGUAUGGCGUACGCAGCAAUGAAACCAACUAAGCCAGGCUUAGAAGAUACGCAAGAGCAAAUCCAUAAGAUCAGGAUUACGCUCUCCUCCAAAAAUGUUAAGAACCUUGAGAAAGUGUGCGCCGACUUGGUUCGUGGUGCGAAGGACAAGAGGUUGAGGGUGAAGGGACCAGUAAGAAUGCCAACCAAAGUUCUUCAUAUUACAACCCGAAAAUCUCCAUGUGGUGAAGGUACCAACACAUGGGACAGAUUUGAACUUCGUGUCCACAAGCGUGUUAUCGAUCUUUUCAGCUCUGCUGAUGUAGUGAAGCAGAUUACCUCCAUCACCAUUGAACCUGGUGUGGAGGUUGAGGUCACCAUUGCCGAUCAAUGAGCGCAGUAUUUUCAUGUUUUGCCUAUUUUUAGUGUCAUUAGACAGUUGUUACUUUUUGGGUUUGGAACAUACCUGUCAGGUCUGUGGGGUUUAAAUGCAAUAGUUCCCAUUAUAUGUUGAAAUUAACGACAUUGAGAGAGUUUUCAAUUCCUGGCAAUUUUUUCUUUCAUUUGAACUAAUGUUAAUUUCAUUAUCUAUGCAGAUUUUGUAUCUAUAUCUGUGUGAA